GUGGUGGGCUGGCAUCUCCGGCACACUGCUGUAGCAGAAGCGUUCAAACUGAUUGCACUUGCUUCGCCAUGCUGUAACAUACUGUAAUAUUUGGCUAUGGAUCAAAGUAAACCACAACAAACGCCGUGGUGAUGUGAUGUCAAACAGAUGGAAAAUGAUCACAACUCUUGCCUGUCUAAUGUUUAAACAGAGAAUCCAUUAAUUCAUGUCAAAACGUGCUUUUGCUGUCUGUGCUUAUGGCUGUGUAUACGUUUAUGAGUCUGAGAGAAAGAGGGAGAGAGAGGGGGAACGAGAGAGCGCAAUAGAGAGAGUGAGUGAGAGAGAGAGAGAGAGAGAGAGAGAGAGAAAGAGAGAUCUCGCUGUCAGCUGAUUGCAAUACUGCAAGCGCCUCCCUUGGGUUCGAGGGGCGGAAGACAAGUCCUGGAUUUGAGAAAUAAUUAGACUAAACCAUGGCCGUGGGAACGCAGAUCUCAACAGUUCACAGUUUGUCUUAGUUUCCGGCGUGAUUCGGGUGGGGAAAAGAGUGACAUAAGUCUGUCUUGGUGUUUACCUGAGUAAUCCUUUAAUCCCUUGAAGGAAGUGGGGUAGGCUACUCGCUGAGCGGAGUCUGGAAGGAUCACUCUGCAAGGCUGCACGGCGCAGAGCGGAUGGUCUGAUGCCGUCGCUGAGACUUGCAUGCAGUCCUUGAAAUCACUCUCCCUGAAAAACUCAGUCAGUCUCGGAGUACAAUGGUCAAUCUACAGACAACAUUUUAUAACUGGGAUAUGUUUCAGCGCAGUAACUGCAACUGAUUAUCAAGGGAAACACGAGUCCAGCAUGCCGACAAGAUGCAGCACUUUCCCCAAUAGGUAAAGUUUCUGGAGCCCACUGUCAUGUCAGAGGAAGGCAGCCCCAGACCCAGGCAUGGCUUGGCAUCCCCGGGUGCGAUGAGAGCUGCAGAGGACGCUUCAGUGACGAGCCUCCCUCUUCCCCGCUUCACGCUCCGGUCCGAAAGCGUGUAAAAUGGCCCCUCUCAUGGGCCGCCUGUGAAAAUGUGAUGAGCUCUGCGAUCGUCCCCAGCUCAGGCGCGGAUGGAGGGAAGUGAAGGAGGCAUGCAAGUUAAUGAGACCAUUGCUCUUACACUGUGGAGCUCGGGACAGGCAAUUAUCGGAGGAUUACCCACUCGAGCACGUACAACAAGUGCAACAGCAAGCAAGAGCAUCCAGGUACUUCUGUUUGCUUGAGGCAUUUUAUUUUGACAUUUUCAUUCCCUUUUUGUGCUGUCUGUGGAGUUCGGCAUUUGGUGUCGGUGGCCUACGCAGCACUAUCUAAAAUGGAGCUACAGGUACGAGGUUGGAAUAAAGACGUUGCUGCGUUUAUCAGGCCUUGGAUUCCCAUCAUGCUCGGUCUUCACCUGCAGUUUUCCCGUACCACUUCCUGUCCGGAGGAGUGCCGGUGUGACAAGGCUUUUGUUUACUGCAACGAGAGGAGCCUGACGUCAGUGCCGCUAGGGAUAGGCGAGGGUUACAAGAUCCUCUACCUGCACAACAACCAAAUCAACAACGCUGGCUUUCCCCUGGAGUUACAUCACGUCACCUCGGUGGAGACCGUAUACCUGUAUGGGAACCAGCUGGACGAGUUUCCGUUCAACUUACCAAAAAACAUGCGCGUGCUGCACCUGCAGGAGAACAACAUUCAGACCAUCUCCCGUGCAGCCUUGGCUCAGCUGCUGUGGCUGGAGGAGCUGUACCUGGAUGAUAACUCCAUCUCCACUGUGGGGGUGGAGGAGGGGGCUUUCCGGGAGGCCGUCAGCCUCAGGUACCUCUUCCUCACCAAGAACCACCUCAGCAGCGUUCCCAUUGGGCUGCCCGGCGAUCUGAAAGAGUUGCGAUUGGACGAGAACCGCAUCGCCGUCAUUGCGGAAGAGGCCUUCGAGAAUGUCACCGCCCUCGAGAGCCUCCUUCUGGACGGGAACCUGCUGACGGACGAGGGGAUCGCCCCGAGGGCGUUUCAGGGCUUGGUCAAUCUGAGGACGCUGUCGAUAGCACGCAACUCCUUAACUGUGCCCCCCUCCUAUCUGCCGGCGGACUUUCUGGAGAAGCUAAGCCUGCAGGAUAACCAGAUGAAUGAGAUCCCUGUGGGAGCCCUCUCUCGGCUUCAUCGGCUGGAAAAACUAGAUAUUUCCUACAACCAGCUGCAGGCGCUGACACAGGGGGUCUUUGAUGGCCUGCUCAGCCUGCGACAGCUGACCGUUCGGAACAACCUUUGGCACUGCGACUGCGGAAUUAAAUGGGUCGUGCUGUGGUUAAAGUCCCUGCCAGAGACCCUCAACGUCCGCGGCUUCAUGUGCCAAACCCCAGAGGGCUUUCGCGGGAUGGCAAUCAGAGAGCUCAACCUGGACCUUAUCCAGUGCCCAGGCAGUACAGUCGGGGAGCCAACUUACCCACACCUGCAAACACACCCUUUACCCACAACUUAUGCCUCAGAGGCGCAAACACCCCUCUCGUCACCACAAUCCCCACCUCAGGCCUCCCUGCCCCCCUCACUGAAGGGUGAAGCAGGGAGGGAGAACACAACAAACGUUUUGGAGUACCCACAGCAGGAGCCGCUGCAGGCUUCUCUCACUGUGGUCAAUGACUCCUGCAUCCAGGUGAGCUGGUUGGCCAUGUUCCCUGUUACUGCGUACAAGAUAACAUCAAUUAAAAUGGGAGAACGUUUAGUAAGUGAAAGAACACAUGAGACAGUGAUUGCAGGGGAGCUAAAUGGGAUUUUACUGGCAAACCUGGAGCCUGAAUCUACCUACCACAUUUGUGUCGCCCCCUUAGAUGCUUCUAACAACCACUACCCAGGAAGCUACACGGUAUGUUCUGAAGUAACAACCUUGACGGUUCCGGUGGACACUGAGAACAAUGCUGUCGGGCCAGAGCAGGCCACACAGCAGGACCCAAGUUCCCCGUUUCUGCUGGCUGGGCUCAUCGGUGGCGGCGUGAUUGUAGUUCUAGUUAUGCUGCUGAGCCUGUUUUGCUGGUACAUGCACAGGAAGGGGAGCCUGUCGUCUUCCAAGUGGAAGUACAGCCGAGGCCGACGGAAAGAUGAUUACAGUGAGGCGGGGACGAAAAAGGACAACUCCAUCCUGGAAAUGACUGAGACCAGCUUUCAGAUAGUGUCCUUGAAUAACGAACAACUGCUGAAAGGAGCCUUUCACAUACAGCCCAUUUACACGACUAAUGGGAGUGUUGCUGGUCCGAGACAGAGCGACUCUGGGAAAACUAGCACAGCAUAUAACAAGACCAAUGGACCACACUCAAAUGUUUGCCACACAAAAUGAUUUUUCAGUGGAAAUGGCCAUGUUUGUACAUUUGUAUUAAAGCGCCUCUAGAUAUUUAAUUUAUAACAUGAAAAAUAACUGUGUUAAAUCUGUGCUUUGUGUACAUUAGUAAAGUGCAUCAUGAUUUAUGAGUUGCUGGUUUCUCUUUUUGCAUCAUCAAGCAUUUCAAGAAGUAUAUUUUCUCUGCUCUGUGGUUCAGAUAAUGCACAAAUCUUUUCAACUUGUUGCAAAAUAGUAAGUGUUUGAGAUGCAAACAUUCUGAUGGAACUAGGACAUACGAGUUGCUUUGGCUGCAUUGAUGGUUUGGGAUACAGGGCACAAAGUAAAAGACAUCAAAGAACUUUUGAUUUUGCCAUGUGCGUUAUUUUGACCUUGUCCUCCGACUCUGGGUUUUCUUGAGCCUGGAACCUUUGGAAAUAUGGUACUUUGGUCACAUAGGAAAUUCACAGUAUUUUUAUUGUAUGAAUACAAAACGUAUAUUAACAGAUAAACUAAAUUAAAUGACAAUAAAGCUAUAUACUCAGUGUUAAAUAUAACAUGAAAUACCAUUCAAUUAUUCUGUAGAUCAUAGAAGAUGGCUUCUUUAGAUCCAUUUACUUAAAUAUUUAUUUUGGUUUUUCAAUCUUUACUGGUUCAUGUCAUUCUUGGACUCCAUCCCUAUCAGAUGUGCAUUGUUAGAGUGACUGGGUCGUCUGUUGUAGUAAUAGCUCAUUAAUGUGCCUUAUAUCUACCAAACGUUUACAACACACCAUCAACUUGUCAAAGCACCAAGGUAUAUUGUUGUACAAAAGUAAUAAAUGAUUACAGUAUUAAAUUAGUUGUUUUGUCCAAAUGCACAAUGAAUGGCUGAAAGAUUUGAAGACUAUCUGGACAUUAACAUCAUACCAGGAAUAACAUCACAGGUUUCUUUUAAUCCAUAGAAAUGUUUUGUUAUACAUUCAUUAAAGUACAUUUAAGUAUUUAUAAAAAAUAAACAAAAGACUGAAGUGAACAUGACAGUAAGAGCAUGACGUAAGAUUGUAGGGUAUAUUUUUGGUUCGGCUGAAUGUAUUUUACAUCCAAAAACAGAAGUAUAGCUUUACACUGAAGAGAGAGUUACUGGCUAUGAUACUUGAUGAGCCUUAGUCCAUCAAUAAGCUGUCUUUUUGAGGAAGACUUCAAUCUCCAGUUAAUUUAAUUUGUUCUGCAUCUGUGCGGCAAAAUCGUUCUUUUGUUCUUUUGUCCAAUUUGUCUUAAUUAUCUUGGCUAAUUAGACAUUUUCUAUUUCUGUGUUGUAUUUAAUGCAUUUCUGUAGUAAUAAAAACAUCGUUUCAGUGAGGGAAGAAAUUAA